AUGGCUCACGAAGUAAUUGAAUUACACCAGUUGAACAGGCCGCGUGCAACAUCAGCCAAAGGAACAUAUUCGGACUUGGCGCUGCCACCCGACCAUAUCCGUUUGCUUGACCUGCACAACGCCCCCAACGAUGCCCCAUUGACGGGUAUUCUGCGAGUCGAGCGGCUCACCAACCUGUCCACGUACAAGACUCUGUCGUACCAGUGGGCCAAGGAGACGUCACAGGGCGCUACAAUUCGAUGCUCGCUACAAACCAAUGAACCGCACAUUGAGCUGCACAUUACGACAAAUUGUGCACAGGCCCUGCAAUUCAUUCGCCGAGAAUUUGGGUCGGUAACGAUUUGGGUCGAUGCGAUUUGCAUCAACCAAGAUGACGACAAGGAAAAGGAAAACCAGAUCCCGUUGAUGGGCAAGAUCUACAGCCAGGCUGAGACCGGCUUUAUUUGGCUUGAGGGAGAUGGUGACCAGUUUCGUGAUGCCGCCCAUGAGCUCCGGCUGCGAUCCGUAAUUCACAAGCGGCUGCCGCUAGCUUACCUGGCAGCCGAUGCAGGGGAGCAAAGACAGCUUGAGCUUGAUCGUUGGAGACAGAGGUGUCUGGAUGAUGUCUUCGCACGGGAUGGACUUGAGGAUCACGCACACUACUCGUUUGAAGACUCCGGAGACGCGCGGCUACAGGUACUGUUUGAGCAUAUGUGGCUGAGUCGUAUGUGGACAUUUCAGGAACUGAUUCUCUCGCGCAAUCCACUCUUGCUCUUUGGCAACAGUAUCAUACUAUGGGAGGAACUGGUCAACGCUAUUCUCGUUACACCGCAAAAAGUUGACACUAAAACUCAUUGGCAAACACUGAUCCAGUUGUGGUUGGACUUCCCGCGACAUCGCCAUAUGGAACAGGCGCUGUCACACCCCGAGGAAAGGGAUGCAGCUGUUGAGAACGGGCAAGCGGUCGUCACAGAUCUAUACACAUUCCGCAGCCUCAUUGAAUUCUCUCCAGAAAAAAAUAUCAGCACGCCUUGGCAACAUAUCCUGCUUCGUUAUGGUAGAAAAGGUGCUAAAUUGUGCCUUUGGAACUUUGGCCGCUGGCUUGUACUCAUGGUGCUGUUACUCGUAAAUCCGAUUUUAUUGGGUUAUUUUGUUACCAACAGCGGCUCCGGCAGAUUCCUUCACCUUGGUAUAAUCUUUCUUCUGUUCUGGGUCGGGUCCCUCUUUCCCAUUGCUCGGUUGGCGAUUAUCAAUGCACGGAGAAUGUCUUUCUGGCAGCUUCUUCAUGGAAUGAAACGACCAGAGCCACGACGACGGAAGUUGUCUUCCAACUCGACAAAUACAAUUGUUAUUAGCGCCAUCUGGACCACGCUAAGAAUGCGCAGGUGCUCUGACGACCAUGACAUGGUGUAUGCGCUAGCCGCUAUUCUUGAGGCUUAUGGUAUGGUUAUGCCGCCGCUAGAGUAUUCUCAAAGUAUCAAGACGUCCUACCAGGCUUUCUUUCAAUGCAUCCUUUCAUUGGAGCCGCGCGCGAUCCAAAUGAUCGUUGAUGCUAGUGUGGAAGACCCGUCAAAAAUGGCUUGGUCAUCAUGGCUUCCGGAUUGGAGGAUGCCAGAAAAGAACAAUUGGCUUUUCAACGAGCACGACGCAAAACACACUUGGAUCCAAGACUUCCCCCAGUAUUGUCAAUCACCUGCCGUCAUUGGUGAUCGAUUGUCCGUUACCGGAAAGGAAGUCGACAAAAUUGUGGAAUGUUUUCAUUUCACAGCCGUGAAUCUUGACGAUCAGCAACUCGUCCUCGCUAAUUUGAGGGUGUUACUAAGAUUUAUGCAGAGUGUGCAUAACAGGGCAGCUUAUGGAAUGGAUCUGUAUUAUCGUGGGGCUAUACUUGCCGUCUUGAAAGGCCUUUUAAUGCAACCCGUCGAGACAACAGUCCGAGAGAGUAUACCGGAUGUCCUUAAUGGACCUUCAGCAAGAAUGUUAGUUUUGGAUGAAAUCAUAGCUCCCUUUAAUUUCGAAGCUUACCGAAAGGACUUUUAUGAUUUCAAAAGGCUAAAUGGUCUCACGCAUAGCUUUUGGGAACGCAACGAUCCAAUUACUCAGUACGACCCAAAUAUGGAUAUGCAAGAAUUAAUACGCGAGGUCCAAAACGACGGAGCUGCUGUUGGAUUCAUGUUACGAAUGGCGAACAAGCUCGCGGAGCAGAAGCGAUGUGUUUUCGUUUUGUCGUCUGGUGCAGUCGGCUCUGGACCGCACUUUUCCGCCGCGGGAGACGAGGUCUUAGUGGUACCAGGCGUUUCCAAGCACUUGGUCGGCCGAAAGAAAGAAAGACAGGGUACCUAUCGCUUUAUAGGCCCUGGGCUGGUGCAUAGUAUUGUUGCAAGGGACACGCUUGUAGGUGGACAAUAUAAAGACUUCGUUUUUGAAUAA